AUGCCGAAGUAUUAUUGUGAUUAUUGCGAUAAGUUUCUCACCCACGAUUCACCGUCAGUUCGUAAAACUCAUUGCACUGGUCGAACUCACAAAAAUAGUGUCCGAGAAUACUAUCAGAAAUGGCUUGAGGAACAGGUUCAGAAAUUGGUCGAUCACGCUUCUGAAGCAUACAGACAGGGAAAAGUGCCGCCACCAAUAUUUGGUGGAGCUAUGGCCAUUCCUCCUCCAGGAAUGCCCGGACUGCCACCUGUUGGAACCUUUCCUCCUCCACCUUUUACUCAAAUGGUACCAGCACCUGGGAUGCCAGGAAUGAGGCCUCCUCUAGGUCCACAGGGAGUCGCUAUGCCUGGUGUUGGUAUACCUCCGCAAGGAAUUAUGCCUGGAAUUCCCCCAGUUGGCGCUUGGGGAGCUCCACCUAGACCUGGUGCCGUACCAACAGGAUUGCCAGCAACUGCGGGAAUGAUACCACAGCAACUGCAGCAACCGAGACCUCCUAUUUGA